CCGACUUCUGCCAUCUCUCUUGGUGGCUAUCUACUUUCAGCAGACUUCCCAGCUUCAUUUGAUGUUCAUAAACUGGGGAUGUCAUCAGCUGAAGGCAAGUAUAGCUUGUACAGGCAAGGCAGCUCUGGUUGGUCAACCUUGAGGAAUGAAGAAUUUCAAGAAGAAGAUGUCUGGGGUAUUCUCGGGCGAAGUAAAGAAUUGAAGAAGUCCAACUCUGAUUCCUACAGAGAAUCGUCCUCUAUGGUUUCGAGGCGCCGGCCGACUGCAUCGAGAAUGAUUCCAAAAGCCACCAGUAGUAAUUCUGGGACCGAACCCAAAAUUAUUCAACAGUCAGCCCCUGUUAACAUCCCUGAUUGGUCCAAGAUUUAUGGAAGCAGCUCCAAAAAACCAUCCAAUACUGUUUCACGGCUUGAUGAUGAUGAUGAUCACGGCAAUAGCGAUGGCGUGAUGUAUAACAGUUGGGACAGUGAUGAAGAAGAGGAAGAUGAUGGCAGUGUGGUUCCACCCCAUGAAUGGAUCGCCAGAAAGCUUGCAAGGAGUCAAAUAACCUCAUUUUCUGUGUGCGAAGGUGUUGGAAGAACACUCAAAGGUAGAGAUCUGAGCAAUGUCAGAAAUGCUGUGUUAACCAAAACAGGAUUUCUUGAGUAACUAUUUGUGAUGGACAUGAUUAACAUUGUCAUGAUGGUGAUUCUGUUUCAUCAAUAUGAUUGGUAAUGUAAUACUGCUAGUAAAUAUGGGUCCCUGUGAAAUCAUGCUGCUAUUAUCUUAUCGCAAUUCAAUUGUACAGGUUUGUCUGCCUGCUUCAGGAUUUCUGAUUAGACAAUUUGCCUUAUUUGGUAUAAAUAGACAAUGUGCUUCCUGUAUUUAAUACCAGUGUAUUUUCCUGUUAGGUUAGUGCUGCUGUGGGUAAGAGAUUAACUGCUUGCCCUUCAAAUUAAAAGUGAACUAAUAAAAUAAGUACGUGAUGUUGA